CAUCAGACGGUGUUGCAUUAUUUCAACUGGAAAAUUCAGGGAAACGGAUAUUUAAAACGAGGCUUGAUUUUUACCAAAAAACAAUCAAGUAUAGUUACAUCCCCCUCCCCUGGGGAAAAUUGAAGUUGCGUUGAAGACACAAGUUCAAUUUAAUAAGGGGUAACUGGCCCAUCAAAAAAAAAGAAAAAUUAAUCGGAAAUUCAAGUCGGUUAAGUGCUCGCUAUCUCACCCUUACAGAGUUCUCAUCCUAAUCUAAACAGUACAAUAGAAGUGAUAUCCGGAUCUGCUCACAGGCGUAGUUCAGUAAUCGUCCGGUAGGCGCUCCUUCCAUGUAGCGGUUCUCUCCGAUCCAUGAUCCACGAUCCAUACUCUGCGCUCUGCGUUACGCUCCGUGAUAGGUGUCGUCCCUGGCUAUGGACCGAAGUGCGUGUGAUCUUUGAUCCGAUUGUUGGUAGACGUUUGACAUAACCUUUUCCGUGGCACUCUAUGACUGUCGCUGGUUCUGUGGUAUCUGUCAGAAACAACGUGCUUUUAGUGAAAUGAAAUUACUCCAGAAUUGGGAAAUGAAAUCGAUGGCAACAUAUAACGGUGAGUACUCCAUAUCGAUUGUUCCAUUUCCUAUUAACGGUUGGAUUUUAGGGAACUAUCAUUCACGAUGAAAUGGGCUGAUGAGGCAUCUUUGACGUUGACCACUUGUUGGCACUGUUUCCUUCUUGGAUGUUGGUUCGGUGUAUCAUUUGACUACGAAGAUGGGUCAAGCAGGUGGAAAUGUACCCAAGCUUGAAAUCACUCUUGGUUGGAGGUGAAUUGGACCCUCUCACAACACUGGAGGUGGAUGUGGACAUUCACUGUGUGCCAGAAUAUUGUUCGGAGUUGGAACGUAAUCCCUGAUGGAGGAAUGGUGGAGGCUCUCUGAUCCGACAGUCCCUGCUAGAUCAUACACUACAGGAGAGACUACCUUAAUAACGGUAUACGGUCCGGCGAAUUUUGCAGCCAGUUUAGCUGCGAAACUGUCGACAGCGGAUGAUAACGGAUUUGUGCGACGGAGAACUUUGUCACCUACAUGGAAGCGAACUUCUCUACGGCUUAGGUUGUAAUGAUGAGCCUGCUGUUCAAAAGCCCUGUACAAGCGAGCUUGCACAAACUCAUGUGCUUCCUGUAGGUGCCGGAUUUGUUCUGUACGGAUAUCGAAAGCCUUCUGCUGGUCUUCUCCCCAUUUCCACCGCUGUUUCUUCUUGAGUAGCAGGGUUAGCGGAGAAUCUACAUUGGAGAAAUUCUCGAUGAAUCGACGGUACCAGCUCGCAACACCCAGGAAUCGGCGUAACUCUCGGACAGUCUUGGGAGCAGGAAAUGACACUAUGGAUGCCACUUUAUCCGGAUCCGUACAGAUGCCUUCGGAAGUGACGACAUGUCCCAGGUACUUCAGAGACUUCCGGACAAACUCACAUUUGUCGGGAUUGAGACGGGCACCUUACGAGAUUCGGCCAAUCUCUCCACCUCCUCGAUGAAGCCGCCCACACUACCUGUGCCACCAAAUGAAAUAUUCCAUUUGUGGACAGGAAUGGUUGGCACCGGUGACGGUCGAGGUUCCGGCUCCAAUGGUAUUCUCUCUCUGGUCAUGGUCCUGCCAGAGCUCACACAAGAUGCAGGUGUACCAGUAUGUGAGACAUCAGCAGCUGUCGGAAGAUUGACCCCAUCUCCAAGAUCAAUCAGGGAUGUUUCAGCUCUUUCCGGUUGGAUCGGGGACAUCCCAGGUGAACUGGGAACCUCCACAUCCAAGAGGGACCGUUCCUGCUGUCUGGAUGGCUGUCCACGGGUGUUACUACUACUCAGUUGCUCCAGUGUCUCCAAGGCCUUAGUUGUAGUCGCCUUCAGUUGUUCGAUCAGUUGUAACUGUGCUUCAUCGGAAGUGAUAAUAAAAUUCAGUCUUCCCUGAAUGUGUGUUAAUCUU